CUCAAUGAAAGACCGAUAAGUUGAAGGUUCAGAAUUCAUGUUACGUGUUCAAGCGGCGUAGCAACUACCAUUUGACAUUUGAUAGGAAUUGCUACUAAUGCGUUCUAAUGUUGUAGACGUUUAACAUAUUAGAUUAAUUAAACAACAAAAUAAUGGAUUAUUACCGGUAAUAUAUCGCCAAACGGUAGACAGUGACUUAUUGCUUGUUACAAUCGAUCCAUGCUAGUGUUUGGUUCCACUCUGAUGUCAAUAUGAAGACGUUAUUGACCAACCCGGCCGGAUGGAAAAGCCUCAUAACGUUCGCCAUCCUCUUCUUGGCAUGGGUGUCCGGGUUUUCCGCCCGGUUGUUUGCCGUCAUAAGGUUUGAGAGUAUCAUACAUGAGUUCGACCCAUGGUUUAACUAUCGAGCCACAGCGUACAUGGUAGAACAUGGAUUCUACAACUUCUUAAACUGGUUUGACGAAAGAGCAUGGUAUCCUUUAGGAAGAAUCGUGGGUGGUACCGUCUAUCCAGGUCUUAUGCUUACGUCGGGUGCCAUACAUCAUGUGUUGCACGCGUUAAAUAUACCCGUUCACAUCCGGGAUAUUUGUGUGUUCUUGGCACCUAUAUUCAGUGGUAUGACAGCAAUAUCCACUUAUUUUCUGACUAAAGAAUUAUGGUCUCCCGGUGCUGGUCUGUUUGCCUGUUGUUUUAUAGCAAUUGUACCUGGCUAUAUUAGUCGAUCAGUCGCUGGUAGCUACGACAAUGAAGGGAUUGCUAUAUUUGCUCUUCAAUUCACCUACUACCUUUGGGUUAAGUCCAUCAAAACUGGUUCUGUAUUUUGGUCAGUACUUACAGCUUUAUCUUACUUCUAUAUGGUGUCGGCGUGGGGAGGAUACGUGUUCAUUAUAAAUUUGAUCCCACUUCAUGUGUUCUUGUUACUCAUUAUGGGACGCUAUUCUUAUCGUCUGUUUACUAGUUAUACUGUUUUUUACAUACUCGGAUUGGUACUAAGCAUGCAAAUACCAUUUGUUGGCUUCCAACCGAUUAGAACCAGUGAACAUAUGGCAGCUUCUGGAGUUUUUGCAUUGGUCAUGGCUGCUGGGGCAUUCAACUACAUUCAAACCCGUAUCACAAAGGCUGAAUUUAAAUUCAUUUUUAUAUUUGCUACUCUAGUCACAUCCGCCAUAGUUUUGUUGGCUGUUGUUGCUUUAACGUGGGCUGGAGUUAUUGCCCCAUGGAGUGGAAGAUUCUAUUCGUUGUGGGACACAACCUAUGCAAAAAUACAUAUACCAAUCAUAGCAUCCGUGUCUGAGCAUCAGCCGACGACGUGGUUCAGUUUUUUCUUUGAUCUCCAUAUAUUAGUUUGUGUAUUCCCAGCUGGACUGUGGUAUUGUAUUCAAGAAUACAAUGAUGAAAGACUUUUUGUGGUGCUCUAUGCUCUUAGUGCUGUUUACUUUGCUGGUGUUAUGGUCAGAUUGAUGUUAACGUUAACUCCAGCUGUGUGUAUUCUCAGCGGCAUUGCGUUCUCCAAAAUAUUUGAAAAUUACUUAAAAGAAGAUAAUAUUGUAAAUGGUUCUAGUACAAAAGUUGUUGAAGAACGAUCAUCUGUUAAAGAAAAAACUCCAUCUAAGUCUUCUCAAUCGUCUAGUUCUUCUGGCUCAGGUAAGAUAAAGAAGAAUAAACCGCCUAUUAUUGUAUCUACAUCCACUAGCGAUAAUGAUAACAGUGAAGGCGUUGGAUCUAACGUUAGGAGUCUUGUAACCAUUUCAAUGUUACUUGUUCUCAUGAUGUUUGUUGUUCACUGUACUUGGGUCACUAGUAAUGCGUAUUCUAGUCCAAGUAUAGUUUUGGCAUCUUAUAGUAAUGAUGGAUCACGCCAAAUAUUAGAUGAUUUUCGUGAAGCGUACUAUUGGCUUUCACAGAAUACCGACAAUGAUGCUCGUGUUAUGUCCUGGUGGGACUACGGUUAUCAAAUAGCUGGAAUGGCUAAUCGAACUACUCUAGUUGAUAAUAACACGUGGAACAACAGUCACAUAGCUCUAGUCGGCAAAGCUAUGUCUUCAACAGAACCAAAAGCGUAUGAAAUCAUGACGUCCCUCGAUGUUGACUAUGUUCUUGUUAUUUUUGGUGGUGUCAUUGGAUAUUCGGGUGAUGACAUCAAUAAAUUUUUAUGGAUGGUUCGAAUCGCUGAAGGAGAACAUCCAAAAGAUAUAAGGGAAUCGGAUUACUUCACUGAGCGUGGAGAAUUCAGAAUUGACAGCCAAGGUUCGCCUACUUUGCUCAACUGCUUAAUGUAUAAACUUAGUUACUAUAGGUUCGGUGAUCUUAAACUUGAUUACAGGACUCCUGCUGGGUUUGACCGCACACGUAAUGCCGUUAUCGGCAAUCAAAAUUUUGACCUUACCUAUUUAGAAGAAGCUUACACUACUGAGCAUUGGCUUGUCAGGAUUUACAGGGUAAAAAAGCCGGAUGAGUUUAACAGACCUCGUAUCCCAGUGUCCGAAAGGAAAAUAAGGAACCCAGGAGCAUCAAAUAUUUCCAAAAAAUCUGCUCGUAAAAAAAAGGGUGUUAUUCAGGGCAAACCUGUUGUGAUUAAAGGUAAAAAACCUAAAGCAUCGGCCACGUAUACAAAUUAAUCAAUUAAAUGAAAAAAUUCUCCGCACUCCCACUUGAUCAACUAUGUUAUAUUAUGUUGUUUAUACAAAUGUAUAAUUUAUUAUUAUAUUAUAUAUAUUUAUAUUAUAUAUAUAUUUUUUUUUUAUGAUUUCUCUCGUUUUUUCACUAAAAAGGUGAUCUACAAAUAUACAAGUUCAAAAUAGCAUAAUAUUUUUUCAUACUUUGUUUAAAUUAGAAUGAUGUGCACUUACUAAAAAUCAUUGUUUAUGAAUUAUGAUACAUGAUAUUUAUGUAUUACUUAAAUAUUUGAUUAACACCCAACACAGACAAGCAAUAGAAUGUAUUUUUUUCAUGGCUGUUAAUGUUUUGUUGUUAUACAGCCAAAACAGAAGAAAAAAAGGAAAUAAAUGUUUACUACAUAU